AUGAAAGGGAAAAUGAAUAUGUGUUUGUUUUUUUUCUAUUCUUUGUUAUAUCUUAUAUUAUGUGCCUAUGUAUUAGGUAUAGGUGAAGAGGAAUUGAAGGAAAGACCCCAAGGUUUAAAUGAUAAGAAUAAUGAUAAUUAUAAUAAUAAUAGUAAGGAUCUAAUGUCUUUUGCAAAUGAAGUGGUAAGGUUUAUGGAAAAUGAAAAGGAUGUUGAAGAAGAUAAAAAUGUGAAUAUAAUAUCUGGACCUGUUGAAAAUACAUUGAAUAGAUAUACAGGUAGUUCUUUUCUUAAUAUAAAAAAGUAUGGUAGGAAAGGUGAAUAUUUGAAUAGAAGUAGUUUUUUUCAAAGAUCGUAUGUAAAUGGCUGUCAAGAAAAAAGAAAAUCACAUACAUGGGUAUGUGGAAAUGAAGGUAAUGAUAAUAUAUGUAUUCCUGAUAGACGUGUACAAUUAUGUAUAACAUCUCUUCAAGAUAUAAAAAAUUCAGGAUCUGAAAAGAAUGAUAGAGAACUAUUAAAAAAUAAAGUAUUUGAUUCAGCUAUGUAUGAAGCUGAUUUGUUAUGGAAUAAAUAUGGUUUUCGUGGAUUUGAUGAUUUUUGUGAUGAUGUAAAAAAUAGUUAUUUAGAUUAUAAAGAUGUUAUAUUUGGAACUGAUUUAGAUAAAAAUAAUAUAUCAAAGAUAGUAGAGGAAGCAUUAAAACGUUUUUUUAAAAAAGAUAGUAGUAUACUUAAUCCUCAUGCUUGGUGGCAAAGGUAUGGAACGAGGUUAUGGAAAUAUAUGAUUAAACCAUAUGAACAUUUAGGAUGUAAAAAACCUGAUGAAGGUGAACCUCAGAUAAACAGAUGGCUUAAAGAAUGGGGGAAAUACAAUUGUAAAUUACUCAAGGAGAAAGAAAAAUCGUUAAUAAAAGAAUGUGCUGUUAAUAAAAGAAAAACUGAUUGUUCAAGAAAAUGUAAUAAUGAGUGUUAUACUUAUAGGAAUUUUAUUAAUAGACAAAAAUAUGAGAUAAAUAAAUUAGGAAAAAAUUAUGUUAAAGUUAUACGAUAUAAUAUAUUUAAUAGAAAAAUAAUUCCACCUAAUAAUGCUUUAGAUUUUAUAAAAUUAAAUUGUUCUGAGUGUAACGAUGUUAAUUUUAAAACCCUUUUUGAAUUUGAAUAUGGUAAAUAUGAAGAAAAAUGUAUGUGUCAAUCAUAUAUUGAUUUAAAAAUCCAAUUUAAAAAUCAUGGUAUUUGUUUAUUUAAUGCUCAAACAGAUACUGUUUCUAGUGAUAAAAGAUUUUGUGUUGAAAAGAAAGAAUCUAAACCAUGGCAAUGUGAUAAAAAUUCUUUUGAAAAAGUUCAUGCUGAAGGUGUAUGUGUGUCACCUCGAAGACAAGCUUUUUGCUUAGGAAAUUUGAGCUAUCUCCUAAGUGAUGAUAUUUAUAAGGUACAUAAUUCACAACUACUUAUCGAAAUUUUAAUGGCUUCUAAACAAGAAGGAAAGUUUUUAUGGAAAAAACAUGGAAUAACAUUUUAUAACAACUAUGCAUGCAAAUAUAUAAAUGAUAGUUAUGCUGAUUAUAAAGAUAUAGUUAUUGGAACUGAUUUAUGGAAUGAUAAGAACUCUAUAAAAGCUCAAAAUAAUUUAAAUGCAAUUUUUGAAAGAAAUUUUGGUUAUAAGGUUGGAAGAAAUAAACUUUUUAAAACAAUUAAAGACUUAAGAACAGUAUGGUGGAUAUUAAAUAGAGAUAAUAUAUGGGAAUCGAUGAAAUGUGGAAUUAGUGAUGUAGAUCCACGUGGAUAUUCAUGUGUAAGAAUGAAUGAACUAGAAAACAUGCCACAAUUCUUUAGAUGGUUUUCACAAUGGGCACAUUUCUUUUGUAAGGAAAAAGAAUAUUGGGAAUUAAAAUUAAAUGAUAAAUGUAAAGAUACUAAAGGAAAUUCUUUAUGUAAGGAAAAAACAUGUCAAAAUGUAUGUACGGAUAUGAAUUAUUGGACAUAUACUAGAAAAUUAGCUUAUGAAAUACAAUCCUUAAAAUAUAACAAAGAGAGAAACUUAUAUAGUUUUUCUAAAGACAAAAAUGUAUCUAUAUUUUUAAAGGAAAAUACAAAAAAUUGUUAUAAUAUCGAUUUUACAAAAAUAUUCGAUCAGCUUGACAAACUGUUUAAGGAAAGAUGCCCAUGUAUGGAUACAAAAAGGUUAGAAGUAAAAAAUAAAGAAAUGCUAUCUAUAGAAGCAAAUAGUGAAGAAGAGGAAGAAUUACAAGGAAAUAACAAUUCUGUGAGUGUCAUCAGUGGUAAUGAAGGUACCAAUAGUGAUACUAAAGUAAUCGUAAAAGAUAAGAAUGAAAAACAACAAGAAAAAGAAGCAAAACAAACUACUGGAUCUUUAACAGUACAAACUAAUGAAGAUUCAGAUAGUAAAAAAGGAAAAAGUACAGCUACUGAUACCAAAAAUUCAUUUGAAAAAUUAGAAGUGCAAAAAGAUGCAACAAAUGGGGAAACAAUAAAAGAAGAACAUCCAGAGUUACCUCAAUCACCUGAAAAUUCACAAACACAAGAACAAGAAAAAAGUGAAUCAGAUCAACCACGAACAGGACAAGAAACGGGUGAACAAAAUGAAAUUUCUUCAGGACAAGAACAAAACGAACCAAGCUCUUCAACUGAAGUAGUUUCACAAGAAACAACUAGUGAAAAUGCUUCACCACAAGACACAGAAAAAUUAAGUACUGAACCAAAGGAUAAUUCUGUUGUUGUAAAUAAAGAAACAAGUAGUAACGAUUUAGCUCAUGAAAUGGUUGAUGAAGAACAAGAC